AAAAAACACCGUUAGUUAGCACUUUCUUAGCAUCCUUGUUCGCUGGCCCCCAAAACAUCGUUUUCCACCUUGUCCAACGGGCCAUUGGGCUUAUUAAACAACAUUUGGACAUAGUCAUCGGAGCUGUUCACCUCAGAUGAAGCCCAGUGAAAUUGAAUUAUUAAAUAAAACGGCAGCGUAGAAAAAAAUAUCAAACAAAAAUCCAUUUAAUUGAAUUGUGAAAAAAGGCGAGAAGCCAAAAAAAGCACCCCAUUUUUCUUCUCGCCUAUCAACUCAAACCCCUCCUUUGGCUUUGGCAACAGUGUCACCUCAGUGUAUGUGCAGUGAAUAUAUAUUUGGUGAAAAUCAAGAAAUACCCGAAAGAGUCAUCGCCUCCCCCACACCAAACAAAAAAUCUAAAUAAGCCAAGUAAUGUCUUGAAUUCUAAUUUGUUAACGGCAUUUAGCGCGAAAAGUGUUUAGUGUUUCCUUUAGAAAAAUCAACAACAAGAAAACGAUAGAAAUCACCCUGCCCCUUCUUUAGACAAAACCAACAAAAAGUCUCUUUUGAAUAACUCCCCCAAAAACAAAAACUUUCAACAUCAUCCACCCCUGCAAUAUGGACCACCGUCGCCAGUACGAGUCACAGGAGCUGCAGCAGCAGCAGGAGUUGGAUGUUGUAGACCAUCACAGCCACCAGCCUCUAAUGCCUGUCUGCCAGAGUUCUCAUCUGCCCCCAGCGUCUUCAUUUACUACCACUUAUCAUCACCAUAAGACGCGGAGACAUUAUUUUCCUCGCUGUGGAUUAGUUUUGUUAAUUUUCCUGACUGUGAUUAAAGAAUCCUUGACGACAUAUUCAACAUACUCAGCGCUGGAAACGACCACAGUGUCCCCAACGAAUCUGCUGCCAUACUUCGAUUUUGAUGUGCCGCGCAAUGUAACCGUGACAGUGGGUCAGACGGGAUUUCUGCAUUGUCGCGUUGAACGUUUGGGCGAUAAGGAUGUUUCCUGGAUCAGAAAACGUGAUUUACAUAUCCUAACAGCAGGCUCCACAACCUAUACAUCCGACCAGAGAUUUCAGGUCUUGCGUCCCGAGAAUUCUGUAAAUUGGACUCUGCAAAUCAAAUAUCCACAGCCAAGGGAUUCAGGCAUAUAUGAAUGUCAAAUAAACACAGAGCCCAAGAUGUCAUUGUCGUAUACAUUUAAUGUUGUGGAGCUGAAGGCCAACAUCAUAGGACCCACUGAUUUAUAUGUGAAAAGUGGCAGUGACAUAAAUUUAACCUGUAAAAUUAUGCAAGGACCCCAUGAAUUGGGCAAUAUAUUUUGGUAUAAAGGUUUGGAGAUAAUUGACAUGUCCACAAAUCAGAAUGAAAUUGAUAGUGGGACCAGGAUAACCAUGGAAAACGAUUGGUCUGAUGGCUUAACAUCAAGAUUGAAAAUACGCCGUGCCAUGCCAAGUGACACCGGAAAUUAUACAUGUGUGCCCACGAUAGCCAAGUCCUCAAGUGUCUAUGUUCAUGUAAUUAUAGGUGAACAUCCGGCAGCCAUGCAACACAAUUCAAGCAGAAUGCACAGCAGCAAUUUCUAUUUCAGUAUAUGUUGCAUGUUAUUUACCAUUUUAACAUGUUGUUUACAACAUUUGAUGUGUACAACAACAACAACAACAACAGCUAGCGCCACGGCAACCACAACAAUGGCCAGAACCUUAAUGUUGGCACCAUCAUCAACAACAGCAGGAGCCAGAGCUACAACCACCUCUAGCACCAGCAUCAGCACCACAGAGCAGCAGCAGCAGCAGCAACAUAAAAAACGAAAACCUGGUGUGGCCAAAGUAAUGCAAUCUAAAGAGGUACUAUCGGCAUCAUCAGCACCAUCAGCAGCAGGGGCAGCGAUACCAAAACCGAAUUCCCGCACUGUAAGAUCCUCUGCUGAAGUGAAGCACCCAGCAGCAGUGGAUACUAUUGCAGAUAUCAUAACCACGACGACGACCUAUUCCAACAACCUGCCGUUGGCCUGCAAUACUUGUGUCCUUAGAUGAAAGACUAAACAUUGCCGCAACAAUAAAAACAACGGACUGCUGUUGCAGCUAUAAACUGAGACGAUGAUGACGAUGUUGAUGAUGCACGUAGUUUUGUUGUAAAACUAGCUGCUACCCAGGCAACCGCAGCAACAACAGCAGAGGCACGAGUCUAACCUUAAUAUUCCUCCACUUCUCAACACUUCCUUGCCUGGCACCACCUCUACUGGCUCCUUAAAGGCCUUGGUGUUAUAGGAGGGGUGUUUUUUUUAUAAAAUUUGAUUUUUCUUUUUCGUCUAAUUUUACCAACGGGCUACCAAGGGCGGGUGAUCUUUAACAUAGUAACAUUUUUGCUAAAAACGACGACGACGACGACGACAACAACAACAGCAACAAAGCAUAGAUGAAAAACCCCAUGAAAACACAAAAGAUUCCCUAUUACUUGCUUGUGCUAGGCAAAACCCCAUCCAACUAACCAACAAGUCAACGCCAACAGGGAAAAUCGUAAUAAUAAAGCACAUUGAACAAGCGACUAAGAAAAAAGGAGCUCCAUAAAGUUGCCAGAGCCAAGCAGUUAAGACAAAAUUGUAGGUAAUAAAGAACGGAAAGGAUUUCGUGUAGAACACCAUGAGAGGAUUCUUUCGUAUGUAAAAUAUCCCUGCAACAAUAGUUGUAAGAAAACUUUGCCAUGCAAGUAAGGCAACAGUUUUUGAUUCCCUUCUUCCUUACAAUUCUUCAAAGAAACUUUGGUGUGUGUCAGUAGGUGUGUGUGUGUGUGUGUGUGUGUGUGUGUGUGAGUGUGCUUUUGGCGACUGACUCUUGGAGUGCAAGUGUGCUGGAGUUGGAAUCCGAAAUACUUAAGACGAGUAGAAAUAAUUCAUAUAAAAUAUGUUAAGUAAGAUAAACUAAGUUUAGCUAAAAGUUAAGGUAAUUAAUUUGCGGAAAGUAUCACAGCAGUUAAAAAACAGCCAGCCCGACAAGAAAAAGUUAUGAUCCAAAGUGGUACAGUGGUUGAAAAAAGAAGCCUAGUUUUAGAUAUGAGGGUUAACAAAGUAAUUUUUUAACUCUGGAAGGACUCUCGCGAAGAACAUGGUAUUUAAAUGAAACACCUUUGGGAGUAGCUUACAAAUGUGAAAUCCAAAAUUUGAAAAAUGUCCUUGCAAGUCCAUCCCACCCCAAACGUGCAUAUAAGCCGACCCGGGCUAUAUGAACACAACCUAAGCAUUUGGAAAGGUACAAAAAGUUUCUUCCAUUUAUAUAUCGGACCAAUUACUUGAAGGCUAAAUAUUAGGUGCCACCAAGAAAACCAUAACCUUUGCGCAGGCCUAUUUGAACAAAAUGGAGCUUUAAUAUAAGGCCUAUUUUC